UAGGUUGUUAGAAAGUUAAUGGCUGGGGUAAAGAGAACCUCCUCAACCGUAGCUUCGGGAGAGUUUCUGGAUUCCCUGAAGUAAAACAACGCAAAUAGCCGAAAACAAAGAGCCUGGACGGCCAGUUAAGUCGACAACUAGCUCGUUAACUCAAGUAUCGUGAAAAUAAGUAUGCAGGAUGCAGUAGCCGGGACGGCAAUGCUGACGGACGGCUUCGAGGACGAGAUUGACUCGGUGACUCCUCGCUCCCCAGUGGCAGGGAUGGGGGUAGGAGCGACACCAGGAGGAGUCGGGCUAGGGGGCAUUGGGAUUGGCGUAAGUGGGAAGAAAGUACGCUUGUACGGGGAGCCUGGCGGGCCUUCCGCAGAAAGACUGGAUUUCAAACUAGCGGCCGCGGCCGUCCUCUCAUCGGGUCCGGGAUCCGGCAGCGACGAAGACGAGGUUUCAGAGGUGGAGUCGUUCAUUUUGGACCAGGAAGAUCUCGAUAACCCUAUCAUGAAGACGGCAUCUGAGUUACUUUUGUCUAGCGCAACAGACGGAGUCGAUUUGAGGACUGUUGAUCCAGAGACACAGGCCCGACUUGAAGCGCUACUAGAAGCUGCAGGAAUCGGUAAACUUUCCACUGCCGAUGGUAAAGCUUUUGCAGAUCCCGAGGUGCUGCGGCGACUGACGUCAUCUGUGAGUUGUGCCCUGGACGAGGCUGCAGCUGCUCUCACACGCAUGAGGGCCGAAAACACACUCAACGCUGGCCAAGCCGACAACCGUAGUUUAGCGGAGGCCUGCUCGGAUGGUGAUGUCAACGCUGUGCGCAAACUGCUGGAUGAGGGGCGAAGUGUUAACGAACACACAGAGGAAGGAGAGAGCCUGCUAUGUCUAGCCUGCUCGGCUGGCUAUUAUGAACUUGCGCAGGUCUUGUUGGCUAUGCAUGCCAAUGUUGAAGACCGGGGUAUAAAAGGGGAUAUUACGCCACUCAUGGCUGCGGCUAGUGGAGGCUACGUGGACAUCGUCAAGCUGCUUCUGGUUCACGGGGCAGAUGUAAAUGCACAGUCCUCCACAGGGAACACAGCUCUGACAUACGCAUGUGCUGGCGGCUUUGUGGAUGUAGUGAAGGUGCUACUCAAAGAGGGUGCUAACAUUGAGGACCACAAUGAAAACGGACACACACCUCUAAUGGAGGCAGCCAGUGCUGGCCAUGUGGAGGUGGCUCGGGUGCUCCUAGAGUAUGGCGCCGGCAUUAACACCCACUCAAACGAGUUCAAAGAGAGCGCUCUCACACUUGCCUGCUACAAAGGUCACUUGGAUAUGGUGCGUUUUCUGUUGGAGGCAGGAGCAGACCAGGAACAUAAGACUGAUGAGAUGCACACAGCACUGAUGGAGGCGUGCAUGUCCCAGGAUGGCCAUGUGGAGGUGGCACGGCUGCUGUUAGACAGCGGUGCGCAAGUGAACAUGCCAGCGGAUUCUUUUGAGUCGCCCCUUACCCUUGCAGCUUGUGGAGGACAUGUGGAGCUGGCAGCCUUGCUCAUAGAGAGGGGAGCCAACUUGGAGGAGGUUAAUGAUGAGGGCUACACCCCCUUAAUGGAAGCAGCAAGAGAAGGCCAUGAAGAGAUGGUAGCACUUCUCCUUGCACAAGGUGCUAACAUCAAUGCCCAGACAGAAGAGACUCAGGAGACGGCUCUCACUCUAGCUUGUUGCGGAGGCUUCUUGGAAGUAGCCGACUUCCUUAUCAAAGCAGGGGCCGACAUUGAGUUAGGCUGCUCUACUCCUCUCAUGGAAGCGGCACAAGAGGGCCAUCUUGAGUUGGUCAAAUAUCUUCUGGCAGCAGGGGCUAAUGUUCAUGCCACCACGGCGACUGGUGAUACGGCGCUGACAUACGCGUGUGAAAAUGGUCACACGGAUGUCGCGGACGUGCUGUUGCAGGCGGGAGCCAACCUGGAACAUGAGUCUGAAGGGGGCCGGACGCCCUUGAUGAAGGCUGCAAGAGCAGGGCAUCUCUGCACAGUACAGUUUCUUAUCAGCAAAGGUGCUAAUGUAAACAGAGCUACCGCCAAUAAUGAUCACACAGUGGUGUCUCUAGCCUGUGCUGGAGGACAUCUGGCUGUGGUGGAAUUGCUGCUGGCACAUGGGGCGGACCCAACACACAGACUCAAAGAUGGCUCGACCAUGUUGAUUGAAGCUGCUAAGGGUGGCCACACCAAUGUCGUGUCCUACCUGUUGGACUAUCCCAACAACAUCCUUUCUGUACCAGCCCCUGAUCUCUCCCAGCUUACUCCCCCCUCGCAAGAUGCUUCUCAGGUUCCUCGCGUCCCAUUCCAAGCACUUGCUAUGGUAGUUCCCCCUCAGGAGCCUGACAGAGCGCCAUCAAACAUCGCAACACCCCCACCUGUCUCGAACAAAGGUGCGUCCAAGCAGAGACAGGCAGCACUUCAGCCUGGCAUUCCCAGCUCAGUUGGCCGGGGACCGGAACCAGAGCCUCUGCCGCCUUUCCACCUGUGCCAGCCUCUGGAGUGCAUUGUGGAAGAAACUGAGGGAAAGUUGAAUGAGCUAGGCCAACGCAUUAGCGCUAUUGAAAAAGCCCAGCUUCAGUCGCUAGAACUCAUCCAAGGGGAGCCACUCACCAAAGACAAAAUUGAGGAGCUGAAGAAGAGCCGAGAAGAGCAGGUUCAGAAGAAAAAGAAAAUCUUAAAGGAGCUGCAGAAGGUGGAACGCCAGUUGCAGCUAAAAACACAACAACAGUUCACCAAAGAAUACAUGGAAGCGAAGGAGGCCGGACUAAGUCAAGGGCCAGGCCCAGGUCCUGGAGGUACUUCGUCUGUUCCUGGGUCCCUUCCUCUCACGCCAGCUGCCCUUAUACGCUCCAGCUCUGACACGGAUGAAGAGGCUAACAAGGACGGGGAGCAAGACGAGCUCCCUGGGGAGGAUGAGGAAGAUGAGGAGGAAGAGGAGGAGGAAGAGGAAGAAGAGGAGGAGGAGGAGGAGGAGGAAGAAGAAGAAGAGGAGGAGGAAGAAGGCUCAGAAGAUGAGGCAGAUCGAGAAGAAGAUUACACCAAACUUCCCCAAGUGGGCACCAUCCUUUACAGAGAUGCGUCACAGCCCCCACAACAGCCCCCUCUGCCCCUUUCACCACAGGCCCAACCCCAUCCUCAGCCACCACCUCCACCUCUCCCAACUGCCUUCGUUCCUGUCCAGCCUCUGCCAGAUUACAACUCUGCAGAAUACCCGGGAAGUACCAGUCCCGACCUCCAAAGGGUUCUGGUAGGACAGCAGAUGUUGGGCCAACAGCAGUCGGGACAAGGCCAACAGUUGACUGGGUUAGCUCCUGGAAUGAUACCUCAGCAGGCCCCAGAUGGACUCAUGGUUGCUACACCGGCACAGAUGCUCACAGAUACGCUGGAUGAUUUAAUUGCAGCUGUGAGCAGCCGUGUGCCCAUGCUGAACACGAACACCUCACCCACUCCCUUGUCCCAACCAUCCACACAGACGUCUGCCAACAUCUCCUCGCCACCAUCUGUGCUACCCCUCUACCCCUCUGUUGACAUUGAUGCCCACACGGAGAGUAACCAUGACACUGCGCUGACAUUGGCCUGCGCCGGAGGACACGAGGAACUGGUAUCUGUCCUCAUUGCACGAGGAGCCAACAUUGAACACCGUGACAAAAAAGGUUUUACUCCUCUCAUCCUGGCUGCUACUGCUGGCCAUGUUGGAGUUGUGGAAGUUUUACUCGACAAAGGUGGUGACAUUGAGGCGCAGUCUGAGAGAACCAAAGACACACCUCUCUCUUUGGCCUGCUCGGGGGGACGACAGGAGGUUGUUGAAUUGCUGUUGCUACGAGGCGCAAAUAAGGAGCACCGCAAUGUUUCUGACUACACGCCUUUGAGCCUUGCGGCCUCUGGUGGUUAUGUUAACAUCAUCAAGAUACUCCUCAAUGCUGGAGCUGAAAUCAACUCCAGGACUGGCAGCAAACUAGGAAUCUCUCCUCUGAUGCUGGCAGCAAUGAAUGGUCAUGUACCGGCAGUCAAGUUGUUGCUGGAUAUGGGCUCAGACAUCAAUGCCCAAAUUGAGACCAACAGAAACACAGCUUUGACCCUAGCCUGCUUCCAGGGGCGCGCUGAGGUUGUUAGUCUGUUGCUGGAUCGCAAGGCCAAUGUUGAACAUCGCGCAAAGACUGGGCUCACUCCUCUGAUGGAAGCUGCCUCAGGAGGCUAUGCUGAGGUGGGCCGCGUGCUGUUGGAUAAAGGUGCUGAUGUAAAUGCUCCACCCGUUCCGUCAUCCAGGGACACUGCUCUCACCAUCGCUGCUGACAAGGGUCACUACAAGUUUUGUGAGCUGCUCAUCAAUAGGGGUGCUCAUAUUGAUGUACGGAACAAGAAAGGAAACACACCGCUCUGGCUGGCAGCAAAUGGUGGCCAUUUUGACGUGGUCCAGCUCUUAGUGCAUGCAAGUGCUGAUGUGGAUGCAGCCGACAACCGCAAAAUUACCCCUCUCAUGGCUGCUUAUCGCAAGGGUCAUGUAAAAGUGGUGCAAUACCUUGUCAAGGAAGUCAACCAAUUUCCCUCAGAUAUUGAGUGCAUGAGAUAUAUAGCCACCAUCGCUGACAAGGAGCUUUUGAAGAAGUGCCACCAGUGCAUGGAGACUAUUGUCAAAGCCAAAGACCAGCAGGCAGCUGAGGCCAACAAAAACGCAAGCAUUCUCCUCAAAGAGCUAGAUCUGGAGAAGUCUCGAGAGGAGAGCAAGAAGCAGGCUCUGGCUGCCAAGCGAGAGAAGCGCAAAGAGAAGCGCAAGAAGAAGAAGGAGGAACAGAAGAGGAAGAUGGAGGAGGAGGAGGAGGGGCAAAAAAUCAAGGAGGAUUCAUCGGAUAUGCAGGAUCUGAAGGAAGAUUCUGCUGAAGAAUCAGAGGUUCCCAUUGAACCACCCAGUGCAACGACCACCACCACCAUUGGGAUAUCUGCCACCUCAGCCACUUUCUCCACAGCUUUUGGGAAGAAGAGAGCAAGCGUAGCUACAACCCCGAGUACCAACCGCAAGAACAAAAAGAACAAGACUAAGGACUCGCCAAAUGAACCUAUAAUAUUACAGGAUCCGCAGGUUGCACUAGCGCAGCACAAGGCUGACAAGAACAAAAUCCACGGGGAGCCCCGAGGUGGAAGCGGAGGCGUGACGGGUGGCAACAGCGACUCAGACCCUCUGGACAGCACCGACUGCGCCAGCGAAAGCAGCAGCAGUGGUGGAAAGAGUCAGGAGCUUAACUACCUCCCUGACCUCACCUCAUCUACGUCCUCCUCAUCAUCCUCCUCAUCCUCCUCUGCCCCAUCGUCAGGGGUCGCCCAAGCCCAGACCAUUCUGGUUGGCCCAGAAAAAAGACACUGUCCUCAGCCUUCAGUAGAAGCCAAGAUGGACAAGGUCACUGUGUCUAUCUCAAAACCAACACAAAAAGCUCCAGACAUGCACGACUCCAGCACAAACUCGCUGCCCUCCCCGUACAAGACCAUGGCUCUUCCAGUUACCUCACCCAACAGUAAGCUUAGCCUUACAAGCCCCAAGAGGGGCCAGAAGAGAGAAGAUGGUUGGAAAGAGGUUGUCAGGCGAUCAAAAAAGCUUUCUGUGCCAGCUUCUGUUGUGUCACGUAUCAUGGGCCGCGGGGGUUGCAACAUCACGGCCAUUCAAGAUGUGACAGGAGCCCACAUCGACGUAGACAAACAGAAGGACAAAAACGGCGAAAGGAUGAUCACCAUAAGAGGGGGCACGGAGUCUACACGAUAUGCAGUCCAGUUGAUCAAUGCGCUAAUCCAAGACCCAGCCAAAGAACUUGAGGAUCUGAUUCCUCGCAAUCACAUUAGAGUACCGGGCUCCAAAUCCUCCUCGUCGUCCUUUGGCAACAGCACAGGGGGGGGCAGUGGUUCAAAUUCGGGACCAAAGUCCCUCAGCUCACUGGUUACCGCCACAGGCGUAUCGUUCCAACCCUCUUCAUCCUCUUCAUCAUCCUCUUCUCAGGCAGGAGGAAAGAUGGGGAAAGGGCUGUCAUCAAAUGUCAGACAGCCUUUCCCCGUAUCGCUGCCACUUGCCUACGCUCAUCCCCAGCUGGCCCUACUGGCAGCUCAGACCAUGCACCAGAUCAGACACCCUCGGCUGCCCAUGGCGCAGUUUGGCGGUACGUUCCCUCCCACCGCCAGCACCUGGGGACCCUUCCCUGUGCGACCCGUGAGCCCCGGCAGCGCUAAUAGCUCCCCCAAACACAACGGAGGAGGCGCAGCCGGCUCGGCCAGACCUAACUCGACCAACAGUGAGCAUGGCAACACCGCCAGCUCUGCAGUGACCACGACCACCAACACCACCACCACGAGUGCUCCCAGCUCAUCGCCAGCGUCGGCGAUGACCCCUGCCCACAAUCCUACGCCAUACAACCCUCAGCCAAGCAUCCCGACCUCCUCCUCAGCCAGAAAACAACUCUUCGCCCCUGAUCCCAGGUCUGCCGCCGUCACCUCCGCGUCCGUCGCCACCCCUGCGACCAGCAGCGGCAGCGCGGUACGAGGUGCAGGGUCUUUGGCACAGCACAGUUCCUCCACGGCUCCAGUUAAUGCUUCCCAGCAGCCGGUGGGAAAUAUCUCACAGCCUCCCCUCCAGCAAUUUAAAACGGAGCCCAAUGCUGUUGUGACGCCCGGAAAAGAGAAACCCCCUCAACAUGCUGAGAGUCAGCCCGUUCCCACCAGCGACGGCGUUUCUUCGGCGAGCUUCGCUGCAACCUCUGUGGCUUUGCCUCCCAAAGCAGAACCUCGGCAGCAGUUGCCUACCCCACCGUCCUCCAUUUCAGCCACAGACCCUCCCCCGGCACUCCUGAACUCCCAGCCAAACCCCCACCUCACCGCAGUUCCUCCUCCUGUCCUCUCGCACAACGUUGCGCACCCUAACAACACAUUGCCACACUUCUCAGCCCCCGCGCCAAGAGUCUCCCACCGUAUGCAGCCAUCUGGGCCUUACUAUUCUCUUCCCGAGCAGCAGCAGGUGCAGACGCAGCAGCAGUCGCAGUCUGUGUUCGUGCCCUUCAAUCCGCAGCAAGAACCUGUAAAACAGACACAAAACCAGACCUCCCAGCCUACAAGUUUGCCUCUGCAGGCUCAAAGUCAGGCCCAAGGCUCUCUUCAGGUCUCAGCCAAUCUUGGCAUGAUGAAUGGUUCCCAGAUUCAGCAUGUGGCGAACGCUGGCAAGCAAAUGCCACCCAACUUUGGUCCUGCAGGCCUCUUCAAUUUCAGCAGCAUCUUUGAGAAUAAUAACCAGGUGGGAAACAAUCAGGUGUGGGGCCAUCUUCCUGCUCGCUCGCCUCCAGAACCUUCGUACUCCGCCCCGCCGGCCUACGUGAAUGUGGGCCAGAUGGAGAGCAUGAUUCCUCCGCCUCCUCCAGACAAUUCCAAAGCUCCAGGUUACCGCUCUGCCUCUCAGAGGAUGGUCAACAGCCCCAUCGCAUUGACCAGUUAUGCCACCAGUAUCUCUGGGAGUCCGGUGUAUCUGCAUGGCCACACGGGAGUCGGCACACCCUCAUUCAGCAGGCAGCACUUUUCCCCUCACCCUUGGAGUGCAUCCACAUCUGGCGAUUCUCCUGUUCCGCCUCCACCCACAGUGUCAACUUCCAGCCUCUCCACCUCGGCCGUGGCGCCGCCACCCCAGCAGAAGCAAGGCACCUCCUCGCAGCAAGAUCGGAAAGUUCCUCCCCCCAUCGGCACAGAAAGGCUGGCAAGAAUCAGACAGACGGGCUCGGUGAACCCCCCUCUCCUCACCACCAGCUACACGGCCUCUGUUGGACAGGGAGGCAUUUGGUCAUUUGGUGUUGGCAGUGCUUCAGAGGGCAUGUCUGGUUGGUCCCAGCCCCUGAUGAGUAGCCACAUGAUGCAUCCUCAGAUGCAAGCGGAGCAGUCGGCUUUCUCUCAGCACCAGCCCAUGGAGCAGGAUGACACGGGCAUCGCCAAUCCCGCUAAUAACUUCCACCAGCCUCAGCACAUGCCCAACACCUACAUGGACUUCCCAAAGGGAAUGCCCAUGUCAAUGUAUGGAGGGACCAUGUUGCCCCCUCAUCCACCAAUGGCGGAGGGGCCUGGGGGACCCAUGUACAAUGGUUUGCAUGCUGGCGACCCUGCGUGGAGCCCCAUUAUCAAAGUGGUCCCAAACAACGCAGACAACACUGACCCACAACAGCAGAUGUGGCCCGGCACCUGGGCGCCCCAUGUGGGCAACGUGCACCUGAAUCACGUCAACUAGACGUCCUCCGCAAUAAAAAAAAAAAAAAAGACAAAAAAAACCCAACAGAAAAACACGGCUUACCAAUGGAUGAUUCUGACCGAUAAUGACGAAGAACAAACAUAUUAACACGACUAGAGAGUUGCAGAGCAGAGGAUGAAGAAUUGGCAGUACUCCCAAGCCCAUUCUUGACGUGCCUAUUUGAAAGGAGGAAGGAGGCGAGAAGUUGAGUAUUCUAAUGGUUCAAACAAUGUUCGAUGGCCUGUUCAACAGAAAUUGUUCUGCAUAGUAUAGCGAUUUUGACUUAAACCCGCAUUCACCGUUUUUUGGCUGCAAGAGGCUGGACAUGAAAUAGCUAUUUAAACUCGGUCCAAACCUAGUUGAUGAUUACCUAAAGAGAAAUCAGAACCUUUUAGAGUGGUAAAUACAUGUAUAAUUGUUUACAUACUAAAAAGGGUUAAAAUGAGAGUAAAUUUCAUGUCGUAUAGUGGCUCUACUUUAUGUAGCCUGUAUUAAUGUGAAAUAUUUACCUUAAUAUUCAAUAAAAAGGUUGAAAA